AUGAUUAAUCCAUUGCUUGCGUGGGAUUAUGUGGUUCCCAAGAAGAGUGCUUUUUGCUUGGAAGACAUGGAUGUCGUCACCUGCCGUGAAGCUGCUCCAUGCAUUAGUAGCAGCGUAGUAGAUAGUGUUUUGUACAGCACAAAUGGCAAUAUUGGAUUACACCAGCAUAGUAAUAAUGAAGUGGUUUAUGCUGAGACGGCUGUAAUCCUUAAUGGGGCUGGGAAUACGAUUGAGCCCGAGAACUUCAUUCCAUCCUCGACCCCAGCUUCGCAUCUGCAUACUGGAUCCCGAAUAUGUACCAUCUUUCUGGAUUGUAUUGUGGAUGGAGAAUUUGCCACCUUAUCGUCGGUUCCAUCGUGCAGGUUAAGCCUGAGGGAUGGGACGUACCGUAGUCUAAGUUGUGAUGUAAUAAACGCAGAUGGAUCGCUCGUUUUCGACUCUGAAUUUACGCGUGUGGUGGAUAGCUCGGAUCUGAGUGCGUGGAGUGCCCAAAUAUGCUAUAACAAUUUCAGAAUCAACACACCAACCUCUCUGAUGUCGGACUUUGAGGAUUACCACUCGGCUCAAACCUUUAAGGGGGGAGAUGGUAGCAUGGAUUGCCUCGACUCACGCGACCAUUCUGGUGGUCCUGCAAGUGUAUCCAAGUCUUACAAAGUAGAGUUUGUUGCAAUUCUGAUGGUAGAGCUCGAUGAGUGGGAGGUGAUCGGGUUGGAGCAGAUAGACGAGUUAUGGCAGCGCUCGCUAAUCUCAAAUCAAGUGAUUGCUACCACGACCAACGUGCAGUGCGUGGUGACGGAUAGCGACAUGGUAUCCCAUCACAUUCCUUCACAAAUAAAGGUGACAGUGGACGAUGACUGCGAUGACAGUAUGGCAUCGCUUUCGAUCAACCGCCACGAUAUGUCAUUUGUAAAAGAUACGGAUCCGCGUCCAUUUCCACCAUCCACACCCGUGUUCUGUGAAAGUAUGCCCAUAAACGGCACUCAUAGUCAUUUAGCUUCCCUCCCUACCUUCGGUCUUUUUAACAGAGGCAAGCGUCGCUUUGUUGUCGAAAAAUAUUUUUCCUAUUUACUCCCUCGGGAUAGCCUUCCCACCAGCGUGACAAUAACCUUCCAGGCACGUCAUAGCGUCAACGUCAAGGGUAACAUCAGCCACAGUUUCGCACCUAUUUCGGAUAUGGUGAGGAUAAACAAACUAUUGUUAGAUGAGCUCUGGUCUACCUGCCAGUUGAAUCUUGAUUUGGAGGAGGAACUGGUUCCAAACCGCACUAAACUCGGUUUGCUAUACGCUGCUUUUCGUCUCCAUAACAUCAGCCAGACUAUAAGCAAUGGUCUAGGGCUGUCUGGUUGGUCCUGCACUAUCAAUGAUAUGGACUCCGAUCUUACGCAGUACAUUUACUAUGGUAUAUAUUAUACCCUUGUUGAUCCUUGUAGCGCCUUUAUCUUACUCAAGUUCUUCUACCGUCUGCUGCCGCAGGCACGUCGCAAUGCUUCGGGUACGUUAUUCCUCUCCCACGGUGCUUUGUAUCCGAGUAAAACGAUGAACGGGGGGAUCUCAAAGUCCUUCUUCGGCAUCUCAUCCCCCAAGCGCUACGUGAACUCCGAAAUUGGCUACCUCAUCCAUCUGUACUUCCUUGCGAUGGGAAAGAUCAUGGAUAGUGAGCUUGUUAUGUUGCUCGAGCUGAUGCUGGAGACAGCUCGUGUGUGGCCGCAGCUGGGGAAAUGGUCCUACGGGCGCACCGUAUUUCGCGUGGAUAACUUUUUUGGUAUUGACACGUAUAAUGACUCCUCCCCUGGGAAUUUUUAUGUCAACUUGUCGGUGCAGCAACACCUGCGACUGGCGGUUCAGCUUUACAAAGAAUCGGAGGAAUUGCUUGGCGAGAACGUGGUCAAGGCGUUGCUCGAGAAGCUCAAUUUAACGCAAGAAGAUCUCAAAGAGAUGGAGGAGGCCUCGGAGGCGAUCAAGAUCAAAACCGAUCAAAGCGGCGUCUACAUGGUACACGACUAUUUUGAUACGCUUGCGCCAUGGAAGGGUGAAUGUAAGCAUCCGCUGCAUCUCAACUACCACCCACUUUCCAUCUAUCGUCGAAAAGUUGUGAACGUGCCGGACGUGCUUCUUGGCAUGUUUAUGUACCACGAGCAGUUCGAAACCUACCAAUUCGAGCGCAACCUGGCUUAUUACUCCCCUCUUUGCACCUUCGACACGCCCGAGUCGCUGGCGUUGGUGGCCAUCACACAGUGCCGUGCAAGGGGUAAUUUGGCGCGGCCCAUCCCACUAUUGCGUUCCUUGCUCCACUUGGAUCUCGACAACAUCAUCUUUUCGAACCAGGAUGGUCUCCACUUCGGUGCGAUGGCGGCCGCGCUUUUAUCCCUCAUCUUCGGAAUUGGCGGGGUGAGCGUGACGGCCCAGGGGCUUCGUCUGAACCCGAUCCUACCGGCCUGCACGAGGGGGUACUCCUUCAUCGUGCACUGGCGUGGCGCGAUCCUUAAGACAUCGUUGAAUGCGGAGGUGCUAACCUACGAGCUCCUGGCAGGGGAUAGCGUGCGGUUUAUUCACAGCCCGACGAAGAAUCGAAUUCACCUGCACACUGGCUUCCGCCGAUGCCAGGCGAUGGUGCGGUUGACUAUUCCGCGUAUUAGUCAUAACCCGACAGGGGGCCUGGAAGGGGCGGUUUUUCUGCCAGAGUGCUUGUUUGAGAACUUUUACCAGCUGAGCUACCUCGCCUGGUAUCGGAUUCUCGAGCGUUUCUUUGAGAACUAUCGAACCCUGCACCAUCGCGACAUACCGCCUCUGAGCCCGAGCGAGUUUAUCGAAAAGGUGCUGUAUCAGUCUGAAGAGAAGGAAAUUACUUAUAUUGGUAUCAACAAUGUUUUACUUGAUCGUGGAAUAGUACUCGACCUCGGUGCGCCUAGCGAUGCUGAGAUUGUAGAGACCGUUUUCGGCCUGGCAAACGCCAAGGUAGCGGAGAUGUCGGAGCUUCUCGAGAAGUCAUCCCCUCCUCUGAACAGCAACCUUAUCCGUCUGAUUCAGGGCCUUGCGCAAAAUGGCUUGCCUACGUGUGUUGCGACGUACAGCAGAUCUCUCCGGAGGCUCAUGCAGCAACAAUUGGAGCUCUCGAAUUGUUUCGUUGCUUACGUUGAUGGUGAGGAGGCUCAAGAUCAAGGUAUCAAAGGGCGACCGCAUCUGGAUUUGUUUUACUUUGCGGCUAAAAAAAUUCAUGUGGACCCAAGCCGGUGUAUUGUGUUUGCAAGUCACCUGGAUCGAGGGUAUAACGCUGAGGAAAUGGCUAAAUUUCGAAUGUUCUUGGAUGUGGACGAUCCAUUUGGCAGCAGUCGCGUACCACUUCAGCCGUAUCCCACGCUUAGUGAAGCCUACACAGCCAAGUAUCAGCGCCAGAACCCCGUGGUGCGUCGGUUGACGCUCAAAAAUAUCCCCAAAACAAUCGAUGAGCUGGAGGACUUUAUAGAUGGAGGCGUUAUGGAAGACUCUUUCGAAGCACAACAGCCAGAGAUGUCAAAAUGA